GAGAUUUCCCUGUAGACGAGUAAAAAGCGUGAUGGACAAACGUGCGGGCACUAAGACCGCAAGGCAUUCAUUUCCUCCUACGGUGGAUGCGGACGCCGGGAGGAGAGCCCCUGAGCCAGGAGCUGGGAGCUGAGGCGCAGAGAGCACGUAGCGACUCCGAAGAUCAGCCCCAAUGAACAUGUCAGUGUUGACUUUACAAGAAUAUGAAUUCGAAAAGCAGUUCAACGAGAAUGAAGCCAUCCAAUGGAUGCAGGAAAACUGGAAGAAGUCCUUCCUGUUCUCUGCGCUGUACGCUGCCUUCAUAUUUGGUGGUCGGCAUCUGAUGAACAAGCGAGCGAAGUUUGACCUGCGGAAGCCGCUAGUGCUCUGGUCGCUGACUCUGGCCGUCUUCAGUAUAUUCGGUGCUCUUCGAACUGGUGCUUACAUGGUGUCCAUUUUGAUGACCAAAGGCCUGAAGCAGUCAGUUUGUGACCAGAGUUUUUACAUUGGACCUGUCAGCAAAUUCUGGGCUUAUGCAUUUGUACUCAGCAAAGCACCCGAACUAGGAGAUACGAUAUUCAUCAUUCUGAGGAAGCAGAAGCUGAUCUUCCUGCACUGGUACCACCACAUCACUGUGCUGCUGUACUCGUGGUACUCCUACAAAGACAUGGUGGCUGGGGGCGGUUGGUUCAUGACUAUGAACUAUGGCGUGCACGCCGUCAUGUACUCUUACUAUGCCUUGCGGGCUGCGGGCUUCCGCGUCUCCCGGAAGUUUGCCAUGUUCAUCACCUUAUCCCAGAUCACUCAGAUGAUGAUGGGCUGUAUCAUUAACUACCUGGUCUUCAACUGGAUGCAGCAUGACAAUGACCAGUGUUACUCCCACUUUCAGAACAUCUUCUGGUCCUCACUCAUGUACCUCAGCUACCUUGUGCUCUUCUGCCAUUUCUUCUUUGAGGCCUACAUCGGCAAAGUGAAGAAGACGGUGAAGGCUGAAUAGUGUCGGAGCUGAGGAGGAAGACAUAGCUCAGGGUCACCACGAAAAAUAAUAGACAAAAGAAAAUGGCACAAGGAAUCACACAUGGUGCAGCUAAAACAAAACAAAACAAAACAUAUGUAUGAGCAGACACAAAACCCGAGGCAGCUUGGGAGUAAUGAUUAGCUUGACUUAACCCAGUAAGUUUAUGAUCCUUUUGGGUGAGGACUCACUGAGCGCGUCUCCAUCUCAAAGUAGUAUUGCUGCUGAGGGACCCCUUCCCUCUUACCUGUCAACUCUAGAACACCCUUGACCCAAAGGGAGCCACAGGCAGAGAGAUUAAUGGAAAACAAGCAAAACACUAUGGAAAGAGGUGGAAAUCGAUUCAGCGUUUUUUUUCUCUUAAGGAUAAAGGCGUUCCCCUUUUCAAACUAUGCGAGCACGCACACACACACACACACACACACACACACACACACACACAGACACAAUCCUUUGUAUCUUUUCAACAUGAAACCAGAGCUGGUAGAAAAGAUAAACAUGGAAGAGACACAGGGUUUCGCAAUGCUUUUGCGAAAAUCAAGACCUUCUAAAGAAAGGUUAGCUAGUAGCCCCUUGAUAAAAGAUGUCUUAAUUAUUUUUACUGCAGCUGAAAUUAAAAAGAUAGAUAUUUUCCCCUUCACCACACAGCCUCAGGCUACUGAGUUUGCUACAACCAAACAGAGGACAGUACUACGUGAUACUUUAUUUCUGGGACAGUGGAAACCAUGCAUCCCAAAUCCCAAGAAGGUGGUCCCACGGCAGAGCUGAGCGUCACCCUGACAACUGUUAUUUCUGCUCUUUGGUGAGGUUUGAAGCACCCUUUGUUCGGUUGCCCAGGGCUUUAGGACAGAAGAGGAAAUGCAGAAUUGAAGGAUACAAGCUCACCCAGUUGACUUGGAAAUGGAAUCUUGUACUAUGUGUAAUGAAACUCAGCCAAUCACCACUGAGCUGGAAAAGGGGGAAGGACCAUGGGAAGAGACGGGAGCUGAAGAUUCAUCCAGGAGACAGAUAAUACGUGCUCCUCCCCUCCUCGUUUGACUUCACGCAUACUCCUGGCUUUCCAGAUGAGGCCCCGUGUGACACGGUCCCGUGCUUUCUAUGUUUCUGUGACUUUUCAAAAACAGAUCUGUGGGGCUCUGCCUGAUUUGGGGUAAACACUGUGUGUCUGCAUCUUCUGCAUUUGCUCCCUUAGCAAUGCAGAGGUGUAUGAAGUGCCCUCUGCUGGCCAAGUGAGAAACUUCGACAAACACACUUCAUAAUAGAUUGAAAGUAGUUGACCACAAAGGGCCUGUGUAGAUUAAUCCCUAAGUUUUAAGUGCUGUCAAACACCUGUCAUACAUUUGACCAAAUCAGAAAAGAACCUCUCUACUUCAAGUAAGCUUCAUCAGUUUUUAAAGUGACUUUCACUUGGGAACUCGGAAAGUCAGUGUAUUAAGAGCCAUAUUUAAAAAGAAAGAAAGAAAAAGAAAAGGAGAAAGUUAGACAAUGUUAUCUGUAAUAUUUCAGUCCUCUACAAGCCAAAUAAAUAUGUCGAUGUUCCUAAUAUUUCAAAGACGCAAUUAUGUAAAGUUGUUCAAUGUGAUAUAAUAGUAUUCUAAUUGGUUAAGUAGCUUAAUGAUUAGGCAAACUAGAUGAACAAUUAGAGGCUACUACACUGCGUAGAUUAUACACUCAUGACCACGUACGCACAGAAGUAUGAGGUACACGGAGCUGUAAAGCCCAAACGAAUAGUAUCACAAUUUUUGGCUAGCAGAAACUUUCACUUAGCUUCCUUUACUUGAGACUGUACAGUAAAAGGGAUUUUUUUCAAAUUAUUUUUAUAUUAUUUUAGCUUUAAUUGUGCUGUCAUUCAUGAAACAGCUGCGUAGCCUUUUUGUGAGAUGGCGUGGGUGUUUUCAGCGGCUUGUUGAUGUGUGGAAUUAGGAAAGAAUAAAAUUUGAUUCCAUUCUGUGUGAAUGGGUUAAAGAGUGAACAAAGAAUCCGUGUAGGUCAAGACGUGACUGUAGGAGGAGGCUAAUAGUCACACUGGGCUGGGGGCAGGUAUUACACCCACGUUAACAUUGUGUGGUGGCUUCAUGUUGACUGACAGAUGAGAUCUGAUUGGAAGGAUGCAUUGCUACUGGGGCAGAAGGUAUAGAGUCGCUACGUCAGGUGGAGUUUUGGGAUGUAAUUGUUUGAGCUUUGUCAGUGCACAGUAGUGUACAAUAAUAAGCCUUUCCCUUGCCUUAUAGAAGAAAGUGAGCAAAAUAAUGAAAAUGAAGACGAGGUUACCUGUCGGCUGACUUGAAUCUAAUCAGGGCAGCCUGAGGGUCAUCUGGUUGGUUCAGUUUAAUUCAGAUAUUUAUCGUAGAAUACAGGUUACAAUAUGGAAAUAAGCAUAAACUUAAAAAGACUAAGCUAUGCUUCCAAAGCACUUUAAUCUUCAUGUUCGCUUCAUGCUUGUAAAAUAACUUAGAGUUUUUGUUUGAAGGAUAAAUAUCUAAUAAAUAGUUUCUAAACCAGCUAAAUAUAUCUAAAGGCAUUUCCAGUGUUCAUCAUGGGAAGAAAAAGCCACAUUAAAAAAAAAAAAAACAAUUCUGAUAUAGGCUCAGCACACUGUUUUUUAACAUAUCAGCUUAGCUGCUUUAAGUCUAUCGAUAUACGAGGCUGGAUCACUGGCCUAUGACACAUCUGAAACCUGCCAGAGAAUUGACUGCCACGUAGAUAAUGUUGCUGUCAGUUAACAUUCCGGGCAAGCCAGUUUUUUAGCUGCCCCACUAUGCUGCAAUAGAUUAUCUUUCUAUUGAAGAUUUCUCACUGCAUUCCAAUCCCAGUGUGGUUAAAAACAUUAUUCCUGGUUUAAAUGAAACUAAUCCUUGGCUUCAUAUAAAUGUGGUUUCCUACACUAGGUGUGAGCAUCAACUCAAAUGUGUGAGUUUGCAAUGAAAUUCUAGUGAGAAACACUUAGCAGUAGAUUUUAUCUGGACCUUCUAGUGUCACUUAUGAGAAAAGAACAACUAUUACUAUUAUUUAUUGAUCGUAUUUAUAUCCGAUGCCAGGCCAAAGUAUUGAAUUAAAAAUCACAGUUCUCAAGGUUAUUAUUUCAGGCAGUCCAUGUCAUCUCAUUUACCCCCACCUCAAAGUUUUCUAAUCCUACUUCAUAACAGAAAUUUGAGGCUAGAGGGAAAAUGCAUAUGUAUUGCUUCAGGAGGAAGCAGGUUUGUUUUGUCUCUAGCAGUCUUUAUCAAUGUGAUGAGACCGACUAAUCACUAGUAAUGCUGAAGCUUCAUGUGGUGGAAAGUCUACAGGAGCCUAGGUGAACUCUUCCAGGAUACUCACAGAUUGUUUUGUUAUUGUUUGUUUUAGGUCAAUUAUAUCUUCAUGAUGAGAUAAGUCCUGUCACAGUAGAGUGAAAAGCACUAUGACACUGGGGUAGAAUGUUCUGGAAGUCUGGCUAUAUUCCCAAACUGCUCAAUUAUCUGGGAAUAUCUGGUUACUAUCUUGUCCUAAUAGAAGGAGCUCUUACUCCACAAGAAUGCCAGAUACAGACACAAGUGAGCCCUAGUGCAUGCUGAGAAUCUUUUCCGGGGAGGUAUGAUGAUCCUUGAAUUAGCAUGGGACUUCGCAAGUUUCAAGGGAGUUCCUAGGAGAAUGGAGCAGACCAAAUCAGACUCCACCCCUGGAGUUCUGAGCUUUGAGUUGCAAGUUCAGGAUCCUUGUGUAGCACAUUUCCUUGGGAAAGAUGUCAGUUCUGGAGAGCAACAGUGUGAGAAUAUCAUGAUAGCCCAGAACUUUCUAGCUUUCAAAUGUGUGUCUUUUUCUGGUCUUUGUUCUGAUAAUAAAUAUUCUGCUAUCAGUUUGGGACAAUUGUAGAGCCUGUGGUCGUGUGAAUCAUUGUCUUACACAGCUUGAUGUUAUUCUGUUCCUGUUCUUAGGUAUAGCACCCAUUGCCUGGUGCCCGAGGUCCCUGCCAUCAGAAAGUUAUCUGGGUGAGAAUUUACAAUAUAUGCUCUGUCACUUCUGUGUAUUAAAGUGACAAGAAAUAAAACAAGGAUGCCCUGUUUUGUUCAGACACUCAAAAUGAAGCUUUACAUCCUAGUUGGUCAUUGAGCCAAUGUCCUCUGUAGCUGAUAGUGACAGAGACUAGAUGCUGGUGCCUAUACGGAAUUCUCAGUGCCUGUUGAGACAGACGAAUGAGCCAUCAGUGAAUCCACGGCUGCAAAGGCCAGUUAAAGUCCACCCACUCAGAGUAUCACAAAAUACACAGAAGCCUCUUGUAUAACCCAGUACUCUUAAGACUCUGAAGAGUUGGGCUUUGAUACCCAGGCUUCCAUUUUUUCAUUCUUAAAAUUCGUUAGGAUGGAUACAGAGGGGGCCACCUGGGUGUUUUGGGAGUCUUGGAAACUACUUUGAUUACAGGUCAAACAGAGUCAAACUCGGAUGUUUCUCUGUCACGCCAGAUGCCAACACCCACCCACAGAACAACUGCAUUGUAGUCAAGCUCUCCUGGCAUAGCUUGCUGACUGGUCCCUCAGAUCAAGAUAUGACCAUAUUUGUAAUGCAGUUUAGAUACAUCAGAACAGUCCUAUCUCUCACUGGCACCUAAAUAGUAUUUUCCCAAUGCUUGGUGGUAGACAAAGAUCCAGCUGUAGCCUGACAGUGCCUCCUACUAAUGUGAACGUGUUGUUUCAGUUAAGUAUGGGUCUGAGUGUGAUUGGGUUGGACUUCACUCCUUGCUACCCUGAAAAUGAUUGGCUUUCUGCUUCCUAGGCCCUAAACCCAUAUUCAGAAGGAAACUCACUCUCAAGCCUCACAGCAAAUCACAGCAAUGUUGGAGCUCUUAUUUUCAAGUGCUUACUUCACAACAUUAAAAAAAAAUAUUUUUGGUGUAUUAAGAUUUAAAAUAAAGUCAUCAUAACUUUUGAUUUAAA